UUUCAUUCUGUGUGUCUAAAUAAGUCUUCUAGCUUUAAUGGCUCUUUGGCAGGUGAGUUAACUAGCCCUUUGGCAAGUGUUAACAUUGUUACUGGCUUUUUAGAAGUUCUCGCUUACAAAAACUAUGAUGGUUAUUAUUAUGGUAAUGAUAAUGGCGGAUCUCAUCAUUCUGCUUCUCAUCCUACUCCCACUGACAAAACGAGCGAGAAACCGA